AUGACAUCUACAAAUAUUGAUUGGAAGCUGAUGAUUGGUAUGGAAUUUGAUUCAUCAGAGGCACCUUUUCAAUUUUGGCUCGCAUACGGUGCACACAUUGGCUUUGGCGUUAGAAAACGUUACGUGAACAAGAAUAAAAAAACAGGUUCUAUAUCAUCAUGCCGAUUUGUUUGUUGCAAGGAAGGACUACGACAAGCAGACAAGAGAGAUGUGUUUGUUAGUAACCAUAGAGCUGAAACAAGAACUGAUUGCAAAGCAAGGAUUUCUACUGUAUUGAAGAAUGAAAAAUUUGUUAUUCAUGAAUUCAUAGAGGGUCAUAAUCACUCUUUGCAACAACCAGAGACCACACACAUGCUAGCAUCACAUAGAAAGAUAACUGAGGUCCAAGCAUAUGAAAUUGAUUUUGCUGAUAACUACGGAUUACGACAGAAGUCGACAUUUCAACUUAUGUGCACACAGGCGGGACAUAGUUCUAAUCUUGGAUAUACACGUUUGGAUAUAAAAAAUUAUCUCAAUGAAAGAAGAUAA